AUGCUCACACAACAGCCGCUGGCUUCGCCCGGCGCACCGGCGCAAUCGCCUACCUUCUCACCACAUCUAAGCGAUGUCGUCAAUACAGUUGUGUCUAAGAACCGAUUAUUCCAGCGUCGAACUUCAGUGUAUCAGAAAUAUCAUCUGCUAGAAAAUAUUCGAAAAAGAUCAUGGCUCGGUCCGCCAUCGGAGACAAUCUACGGCGGAAUAGCCUUCUCCAUCGACCAUGAUGAUAAAGACAUCGGAGUUGCCCUCGCUAUUCGAGAUACAGUCUACUUCCUAGACUUCUGCGAACAUCACUUCUCCAUUGGUGAAGACGAGUCUGGCUCCAAGGUUAUAACGGAGUUCAUCAUUGACCAGCUACGUACGUACGAGAGGGACCAUUUGGAGAAAUUCUUCGGCAUUGCUAUACCGGCUGCUCUAUCGGAGAAAUGUCCCCGGCUCUGUUCCCGGAUGUGGGCGGAGUUAGACAUUGUGCCGUUUGUCUUACAUACAAGAAGCCCCAAUAGUGUCGAGUGGGUUAAUAUGGGCUUAUGGCAGUCCAAGACACUGGAUGAAAGAGCGGAAUCUAUCGCUAGGAAGUGUAUUACCUACUUCGGCCCUAGUCAAGCUCCUCUAUUGCAGGUUGGGUAUCGGGGCCUUGUCGAUGUCGAUGCCGGCUCUACCGCUGUACUUACUACCCUCUCCGACUAUGAGAAGACAGUGGGGGAGAGGACGUGGAGGGCGGUGAUGAAGUAUGCUGCAGAUUUGAAGAAGCGUAAUAUAAAAAUCGCCUUUUUCAGCAGCACUCCACAGGGAGGCGGGGUUGCCUUGAUGAGACAUGCGUUGGUCAGAUUUUCAAACGUCCUUGGAACUGAUAUCAAAUGGUUCGUCCCACGACCACGACCAGGUGUAUUCCGCAUCACCAAAAACAACCAUAACAUUCUCCAAGGCGUAGCUGCGCCUGAUCAACGUCUAACCGAACAAAAUAAACGGGAUCUAACGGAUUGGAUCCUAGCAAAUGCAAACAGAUACUGGUUUGCUAAAGGCGGGCCACUCGAGCCUCCGGAAAUGGGAGGAGCUGACAUUGUUAUCAUUGAUGAUCCGCAGAUGCCAGGCUUGAUACCGCUGAUUAAACAGGCAACUCCAAACCGGCCAGUCAUAUAUCGGAGCCAUAUACAAAUCAGGAGUGAUUUGAUUGAAGACCCGACCUCCCCGCAGGCAGAAUGCUGGAAAUAUUUCUGGGAUAGUAUUUGCCAGGCAGAUCUCUUUAUCAGUCAUCCGGUUGAGGCGUUUGUUCCUCAUACCGUGCCAGGGGAGUCUGUUGGAUAUUUGCCUGCCGCAACGGAUUGGCUUGACGGUCUGAAUAAAACUAUGGACGAUUGGGAUAUCGGAUACUAUGGUCGUGUAUUCAACGGCAAAUGCAGAGAGAUAGGCAUGACCACAAUCGACUAUCCGAAAGACGAAUAUAUUGUCCAGGUCGCUCGUUUCGAUCCGUCAAAGGGAAUAUUCGACGUUCUCAAGUCCUAUGCCAAAUUCCACGAACUCAUCAAGGGCGUACCACACGUGGCAAUCCCGAAGCUCCUCAUCUGCGGACACGGCUCAGUCGACGACCCAGACGGCGCUCUCGUCUACGAUUCGGUCAUCGAAUACCUAGCAAAUGACCUCAGUCACUUAAAAUCUAUGAUCUCCGUCAUCCACAUCCCGCCCUCCGACCAAAUUCUCAACGUCGUGCUUUCCAAAGCCAGGAUCGCCCUCCAGCUAUCCACGCGCGAAGGGUUCGAAGUUAAAGUCUCAGAGGCCCUGCACAAGGGGAAGCCAGUCAUAGCUACAAUGGCAGGCGGUAUACCUUUGCAAGUACAACAUGAUAAAAACGGCUUCUUAGUCGAAGUCGGCGAUACCGACGCAGUUGCUAAACAUUUAUAUGACUUGUGGACCGACGAUGAUCUAUAUGAUCGGAUGAGCACGUAUGCUUUACACAGCGUCAGCGACGAAGUUUCAACCGUCGGCAAUGUUUUGUCAUGGCUCUAUCUGGCAAGUGCCAUGACAAAGGGCGAUAAAUGCAAGCCACACGGCAGAUGGAUUAAUGAUAUGGCUAGAGAAUCGGCAAAUGAGCCAUACCUAUCGGAUGUGAUAUCCUGCUGGUCACCACUUGAUAUCAUGACCACCCGAACAAGUGUUCUUAGCGGCUUGCCUGCGAAGCAUGUAGCUGCCUUUGAGAAAUUCUCGAAGCUCCGGGCGGAAAAAGGCCUGCAUUCUCGACCCGCCAGUGUCUCGAACGACGAGGAACAAGAUGGGUUAAAUGGCGAUACUGCAGCCUUACGAUUCCUCCGAGCCCGCCAGUUCGAUCCUGAUGCCGCUCUCAAACAGUUUGAAGAGGCCGUUACCACCCACGAAACGAACCAUAUAUCGAAGCUUUAUAAUGAGAUUGACGUGGCUGCCUUUGGGAAAGCACGCGCGCUUUAUCCUCAAUGGUCUGGUCGACGCACUAGGGACGGCCUCCCAAUCUGCAUUCUCGACCUCACCCAUCUCAGCCGGUCCAUUCUAUCGGGGUAUGAGAAGAACCGCAGCACAAACGGAUCAGGGUCUUGGCCUGAAUCCAGCAUCACCACGGUCCAAGGUGCCAGUGUAGCCCACGACAACCUCAUUCGCUUCGUCUUUCCGCUUUGCACGGCAAUGCAGGAUCGCCCAAAGCCGACGGCUCCUAUCUUUAGUGCAGUCUACUUCAUCGAUAUCUCCUCAUUUACCCUCCAACAGGGGUGGGAUAUCAAGAACUAUACACAAGAUAUAACGAGCUUGCUGAACGUGGGGUAUCCAGAGAUCAUCGAUCGAGUUUUUAUCCUUAAUGCACCCUCAUACUUCACGAUGAUGUGGAGUGUUAUAAGAAAAUGGAUGGACCCGGGAACGGCGAAUAAGAUAGAGAUUCUUACGGCGAGCAAGGUGCUGCCAACAUUAACCAAAUAUAUUGACCCGGAGAACAUCCCACGCAAGUUUGGCGGUAGUUUUGACUGGGCCAAUGGGAUGAACCCGGAUACAGAUCAAGGUAUCAAGGAGGCCUUAGAGUGGACGGGUGAGAAAGAAUUACCGCCUGGGCCAUUGAAAUGGGUUGUUGACGGAGCUGGGAGGAAGACUGUAGUUGCUAUUGGUAGUAUCGAUGGCACAGCGCGGAUAGAAGAUAUAGCUAGAUUAAAGGGCCCUGGAAAGGAGGCUGUCCAAACGGAUGUUGAAAAGACGGUUGAGAUGGGUAUGCGCCAGCUAGAAUUGAACUGCCAGCUAGAAGUGAACUGA